GAGAAACUGCAAGGCUGUCAUUUCCGAGAGCACAGUUGGCUAUGUUCCUGGCAGUCUGGUUCAAGUAAGUUCAAGAUUUUAUUCACAGCAGAGAAGACGCUGGUAAUGGAGCACGAUACCUCCUUCCUCUCGGACUGUUUCAAGGCAUGUACGUCAAGUCAGUGAUCUUUUUGCCUGGGGAAAAAUCCAGUGUGGAGAAGAUCUGACUUAAAUUUUGAGAUCUAUCUAGGAAAAUGUUCAGGGUCCUGCCAAUUGUGCUGCUUGAAAUCCAGCUUCAUCUGAUUACAGCUUUAUUCACAGUGGAAGUUCUUCAGCCACAUUAUUCUGCAAAUCAUGGGAGUGAUGUGAUAAUGGGAUGUUGCUUUCCAGUACAUUCCCCAUUAGAUUUGACAAGUUUAAGUGUCUCAUGGCAAAGAAAACUGUCGGAGCUUGACAAAGAAGUCUAUAAGCUCAAUAAGGGCCAAGAAGACCUCACCCAACAAGACUCAGCAUAUCGUGGGAGAGCCGCAGUGUUGCAUGAGGAAUUAAAAAAGGGACAUUCUCUGUUACAUAUCACCAAUGUAAAGCUUACAGAUGCAGGAACUUAUGUCUGUGUUGUUGACUAUGAAGGAGCAGACUACAAGUACAUUACUUUGGAAGUUGAAGCACCCUACAAAAGAAUCAAUCUACAGGAAAGAACAGAAGAAGGAGACCUGAUCUUAACUUGCCAUUCAGAAGGGUACCCUCUGGCUGAAGUUUCUUGGUACAAUGAGAGGAAUCCCAAUGUUAGCAUGCCUGCAAACACUACACAUGAACUGACCAAUGAUGGACUUUUCAACAUAAUGAGUAUACUGAGAGUCAAACAAAGCAUUCAUGAAAACUACAGCUGUGUAUUCUGGAAUAAGAAAUUGAAUGAAAAAACAUCAGCUCACAGACCAGAGGUUUUGUUAGAUAAAACAGAUCCAUCAAUUACUGGGGGGAAAUCUUCCAUCUUAUUUAUCCUACCAAUUUGUCUGCUGGCAUUAUUUUUACUAACAGCACUCGUUGUUGUUAAAGUUCAAAAAAGAAAACGAUUCACAAAUCUCUGUACCCAAAAAGGAAAAAGAAAAAAAUGGAGGGAUUUAUCAAAGAGAGAUUUGGAUCUUCAAACCAAGAAUUUAAGUGUGGUGGCUGUUACAGACUGAAGAGCUUGAACAAAGAUGGGAAACUGUUCAUCUGUGCUGCCUGCAGUUAUUGCACUUUCCACUUAUUCCCCUUUUUGAAAUUUAUAGGGAAGCAAGAGUGCUUCAGAGGAAAAUAAGGCUGAUGCUUCUGGUUUUUGUCAGCACGGCAGCAUAUUAAUUGCUGUUCUUCUUUGCACAUUUCAGCACUGUUUUUUUCAAGCUACAAAAAAUGUGUUGCUGGACAGCACUAACAGUGGUUGCCCAAGUACAUUGCAUAUGCUUUGUGACUGUACCAUUUGUCUGAGUCUCCUCCCCCUGAUUUCCAAGAAAAUCUGUAUUUAUACAUAUGUACAUCAAUUUAUGCAUUAAAUGUCUAAUGUUAUAACAGCUGACAUAACAUUUUUGCCAGUAAGGCAUUCAUAAUUCAAUGAGCAGGGCCAGCACAGCCCUGCCAUUAGGCACAGUGAGGCAACCAUCUUAGUCGGUGGAUGCUGGGUUGUGGGGUGCUAGAUAACAGAGCUGCAUGUGCUUGAUGGCAGGCCUUUACUGCACUCCCUAAUGGACUUUGGUGGAAGAUGCUGUCCCAUUGCCAGUGUGGUAGUAGCAACAUGAUAAUUGAAUGGGGGGGGGGAGACAGACACCAUCUUGUCCUUUGCCUCAGGCAGCAACAUGUCAUCAGCUAGUCCUGCUUGUAAGUAGUCCUGACCCAAGAGAAAAUAACUGAAGCUUGCAAGUAGUGUGGGUACAACUAACCUGUAAACAUUCCUGUUUUAAAUCUUGUCAUGAAAACAACUGGUGGUCUUAGUAAAGCCAAGCCAAGGAAUCCUGGGAAAUGUAAUUUAAGGCGCUGUGAAUGAUUAGGACAACCUUACAGAACUACAAUUUUAACAGUUCCCAGGGGAGAGGGAUUGGUGGUUAAACCAAGCUGUGAGGGGAAUAGGGGUCUCAUAACAACUCUCAGCCCCCUGAACAAACUUAAAAAAAUAAACCUUUCUUUUCCUCUUCCCUCAUGCCUCUGUAAAAGAGAGAGGGGGGGGACAAUGAACUUGAGGGAGGCUUAAACACCACUACCACCACUCAGAACAAACUGGCAGCCCCAUGCAGCAGCUUCAUUUUGGUUUAAAAUAUAUAACUCAGCCUCAGUAACACCCUAAACCUAAGCUUGGAAAUAUGCCCUAAUGAAUCACAUAUUAUGCUUAGAAAUGAGGCAACAACCUGUCUGCAGACUGAAAACUGAAAUAUAAAAAUCCAUUUUAAAAACUAUCAUUUUAAAUGAAUCGGGAUGUCAUGAAACAAAAUAUAUGGAUCAUGGGAUCACAUAACACAACAUCACACAUCAAAUUGUGAGCCUGUUUGUUUAAUGGUUUACAAGGGCAAUCCUAUGCACAUUUAUCCAGACAUAAAAAACCCACUGAAUUCAGUGGAGUUUAUUGCCAGCCAGGUAAAUGGACAUAAGACUGCUGCCUUAGUUUGAUUGUUAACAUAGGCUGCAAGUCAUGAUAAUUGUGGAUGUGUGAUUUGUUCAAGAGUCCCAGUGUAUGCCAAUUUUUUUAACUGUAACUUUCUGUUUGUGAAACAGGAACAAACACCAAACACACUAAUGAAAUUAAUCAAUUAUUAUUACCUAGCACUUAAUAUUUUCAAAAGAAGUGGAUGUAACCCUUUAAGGUUGGCUUUUCUUGGUUUGUGAAGUAAGACAAUAUAUGUGUGACCUUAAGGGUUUUAUUUAUUUCAUAGAGUCAUAGAAGUUUAGAGUUGGAGGUACCUCAGAGAUCAUCUAGUCUGCUUAGUGCAGGAAUUUUGCAACUAUAGCAUCUCUGAGAGAUGGCCAUCCAGUGCUUGCUUAAAUACCUCCAGUGAAGAACUCACUGGAGGCAUUUAAUACUUCUGCUUACACUAGCGUCUAAUUUAUGGUUCUUCCUAUUUAAUACCCGAGAAGCUGCCAAACAUAGCCUAUGGUGACUGCAUCUCUUUGCUAGCCUUCAAAGUUCAUAUGCCCAUCAGCAGCUACUGCAUUGCCUUUACUAUUGCCUGGACUAAAGAAAGAAAACAGCACUUACUGAUUUUUAUUUAUUUCUAAGAUUCAAAUUAGCUGACUCUGUCCAUUCUGAGUCUUAACACUCCUGAAAAAUGAAUGCUGCUCUUCCUAAAUAGGUAGGGAAACCUGCUCGUGGGUUUCAGCAGCUAGAACUGCCUGUGCAAACUCUCCAAGUUUCUGUUUUAUUUGAGUGCAUUUCUGAAUAAUGCCCCCAUCUGCAGCCUCCAGAGUAUGUGAAUAUAUUGUUCAAUACAAGCUUCUAUAUUUUCUGCUUCACCUAAUUUCACACAAGCUGACACUUCAGAGCACCUGAGCAAAUUCUGGCUUAGACAGCAUAGAUGAAAACAAUCAUAAGAUUUUUAAAUUACACCAGAUUGGUGAAUGCUAGUUUUCUCUGAGGUGGGGAAACUGGAUCUGGCCAGUGCAACUUAAGACUGCAGGUUUGAGUUCAGAUGACUGAAUGCUUCUCUGUAGGAAAACAAAAUCCUUAAAGAUAGAAAA